GACGCUCACCAACAUUUCUUGUUGAUCACUUGCAUUACAACCACCUUCAACUCUGUCACUUUGAGAUUCCGUCUCAAGUUUUCCUACACAAAAAAAUCUCAUUUUCGCUACUAUAUUUUUUUCUAAAAAUCAUGGGAAACUUUUUGGGAUUACUGGUAAUUAUGACCAUAUUAUUGGCAAGCUCUGGUUCUGCUUGGAGACAUAAGCGUCAGGUCGUCAUCCAGCAGAGACAACCAGUAUCCGACAGAUCUGUGUAUGCUAGAAGAAAUUUUGCCCAACCGGACGUGGUUAGCGAUAUUUAUGAAGUCUACGUGGGGUCGUCCAAGGUUCCAGCCGUUAUGCGUUCGGCAGUGGCAAUCCUCAAAGGGGACAAAGGGGUUGAGGGGCUAAUUGUCUUGACGCAAGAAAGACCCGACACUCCCGUCUUACUGAAUGGAACCGUAACAGGUCUGACCACGGGACUACACGGAUUCCACAUUCAUCAAACUGGAAAUUUAACAAAUGGUUGUAUUUCGACUGGUCCACAUUUCAACCCUUAUAUGCAACCACACGGUUCACCAAGUGACAGAAAUCGACACAUUGGAGAUCUUGGUAACAUUGAAGCUAUGAAUGGGGUAGCUAAUGUCAGAGUUAUGGAUCCACUGAUUUCAUUGACGGGUGUGAAUUCAAUCAUUGGGAGGGCUAUAGUUGUCCAUGAAAAGGAGGACGACCUAGGACGAGGGUCAGUAGAUGACAGUCUUAAAACUGGCAAUGCUGGUGGGAGGUUGGCAUGUGGUAUCAUCGGAUUGGCCUGAUAACCUGAUAUUAUUCUCUCAAAGUCGUUACGGACAUAUGUACGUAUGUAAUGGUACUUGCCUCCGACGUGUAAGCAUAAUUUAAACCUUUUUACCAUCAUUAUGUAAUAACUUGCAACUGAUCUGAACUCUGAAAAUGAUAAAAUAAAGAAGAUUUUUGAAGAGUU